AUAUGUAGAACUCAAGGAAACUGUCUCCUACGUAUUCUCUCAGACAUUUCAUCGAACAGGUGGCGUGCAUUAUUAUGGGCCGAUACGCGUGGCCCAUUAGCUGAACCUUGUCACAACAUGGGCCGACAACAACUUAUCAUUUUAAUAAAAAUUAAUAUAAUUCUUAUCAACAAACACAGUUUAAACAACUCUAACGAGAAAACGAUUAGACCUUAAACAGAUCCAUCUUAAACCCUAAAUCUACUGUCCUUCCGACCGUUCGUCUGAGUAACAAUGGAAGAACCUCACAUCGAAGAAGGACAUAACCAGAACAAACUACUCGAUGUUGCUCCUGCAUUGAUAUCAGUUCAUCCAUCUCACAAAUCUAUCGCUGCCACCGUCGGUUCGGAUCUUCGUGUAUUCAAUCUCAUAGAUAAUAGUCCAGUUACUUUAGUGGACGAAUCUAACGAGUCUUUCCAUAAAGAUUCCGUUAGAGCUAUUCGCUAUAGUGCAAGUGGAAAGCUUUUUGUGUCUACAGGAGAUGACAAGCUCGUUAAGAUUUGGUCUGCUGAGUCUUGGCGCUGUCUCAACACCAUAUGUUCUGAGAAAAGAGUUACUGCGGUUGCUGUAAGCCAUGAUGAUUCGUAUGUAUGCUAUGCGGACAAGUUUGGUGUUGUAUGGGUGGUCGAGCUUGGUGGGAUCACUAAGAAGGGUGUGCCGCUGCUUUCUCAUUAUUGUAGUAUUAUUACUAGCUUGGAGUUUUCCCCUGAUGGUCGAUAUAUACUUAGUGCUGAUCGGGACUUUAAGAUAAGGGUGACUGUUUUUCCUGAGGAGCCUCUACAAGGGGCUCAUGAAAUACAGAGCUUUUGUCUUGGACAUACAGAGUUUGUCACCUGCAUAGCUUUUGUCUCCAAUCCAGAGCUUACUCAAAGCUACCUAAUGUCUGGAAGUGGAGAUUCGACUGUGCGACUGUGGGAUAUAGCAUCUGGGUCUCUUCUGGACACAUGUGAAGUUAGUACAGUGGCUGGACAUUUGGAAUCUAAUGAAAGCGAGCAAACGCAAGUCACAGUUAGUGAUCUAUGCGCUAUCCCUGAUUCUUCUCUUGCAGCAGUGGCUAUUCAAAGCUUUCAAGGAAUAUUAUUGCUAAGCUGUGAUUUGUCAGCUCAUACACUCUCCAUCACAAAGGUGAUUCAAAUCCCUGGAGAAAGUUUCAUCCCCACAAGUAUCUCUUUAAGCACAUCUACACUAUGGAUGGUAUCAGGAGCUUCAAAUGGUCCCAACCAGCCUGGUUAUUCAAGGGUUCGUGUCAUCUCAUGCAUUGACUCUGAAAAAUCUUCAGUCCUCGAAGAUGAGCAGAUUCCUGGAGGGACGAAACUGUUGGAAAAAUUGCAAGGUAAAGUUUCAAUAGAAGAGAGUGUGAUGAUUGCUGCAUCAGAAGCUGUGAGAGCAGCAAUGUCCAGCCUUUUGAUGAAGAAGCAAUACUCUGAAGAGAAGAGAGAGUUCAGGAAAAGAUCAAGAAACGAUAAGAAGACCACCAACUAGUUAGCAAUCUGCUGAACUUGCUUUAGGCUGAAUCUUGUUUUGAAGCUUAUCAAAAUUGAACAUAUUUUUUAUUUUGAGAAUAAAUCCUACAACUUCGUUUUUUU